AUGCGAUAUCAAACUUGCUUGUCCUCUUCCGAGAACAGAGUACGUGGAGAUCAGUCUCCACAUAUACCUGCUAGAAAAGUUAUAAUUCGACCAGCACCUCGCAACGACUCCGCGCCCAUACCAGGCAAUCUAUCAAUUUCCAGUCGUGUGAAACGGGGCUGUAGUUUUCCCCGCAAAGGUCCUAGCCCACCCGUGAAGUCCUAUCAGAGCAAGCGCGCCGAUUCAAAAAUCGCAUCUGAAGGCGAGAACGACACAGAACCCGCAACAUUCUCAGUCGCCACUGAAGAUAAUUCCUUGCUCUCCGGAACGGCCACCAAGUCGGCGCAGCAAGUCACCGGCACACCGUACAUUCCAAUUUUGCAAGUUGAUGGUGGCCUGCGAGCCACGCAGUUGACGUUCGAUGGAUACGGCACAUUUGGCGGCCAGUUUGCCCCUGAGUCCAUCAUGGGGUUCCUUUCCGAAGUGACUUUUUGUUUCAAGGCCACAGUCUCUGACCCCGCGUUCUGGUCUGAAUAUGCCAGAUUCCGACCUGCCCCGACUUCCCUACAUGUUGCUUCCAACCUCACGUCUCUGGCAAAGGGUGCUACCAUCUGGCUGAAACGCGAGGACCAAAACGACUACGGCUCCCAUAAAGCCCGCAACAUCACCGGUCAGCUUCUCCUCGCCAAGCGCAUGGGCCGGCAGGAAGUUGUUACUGACUGUGCUUCUGCAAAGCACGGCUCCUUCACCGCUGCCAUGUGUGCCCGUCUUGGCCUGCGCUGCGUCAUCGUUAUGGGCACGGAUGACGCUAAAGCUCAAUGCAACGAUGUCGCGGAAAUCAAAGCGCUCGGGGCUAAGGUCCUGACCACCUGCACUCCUUCUGGCAUGGGUAGUCUACGUGCGGCCAUUACUGAGGCUCUACGCUAUGCCGUUUGCCACCACGAGUCGGCUUAUUACCUUAUGGGUAGCCCGGCGGGACCAAGCCCCUUGCCCACCAUCACCCGUACCUUCCAAUCCAUCCUGGGCGAAGAGGUCUUGCAUCAAAUGCACGCCCAGGGGAUCCAUCCAGACGCCCUUGUUGUCGCCAUCGGUGGCGGAAGUGGUGCUGUGGGACUUUUUCGACCCUUUCUACAGGACGUCUCCGUCCGCCUGGUAGGCGUGGAAGCUGCUCAAGCCGCGCCCCUCACGACUGGUGAGCUAGGGGUUCUCCAUGGUGCCCGCACCUUGAUGCUUCAGAGUCCAGAAGGCCAGAUCACCGACUCCCAUUCGAUUUCACCAGACAUGAACCUGUCAACAGUUGGCCCUGAGGUGGCUUACUGGAAAGAUUCAGAGCGGAUAGAAGUCUCUACGGCGACUGAUGAAGACGCCAUUCACGGUUUCGAGGUACUGAGGGACCAGGAAGGUAUCUUGUCGGGUCUAGACUCAAGCCAUGCGGUGCGAAACACCCUUGAUCUUGCGAAUUCGCUGGGGCCAGGCAAAAAUGUAGUUUUGAUGGUCACUGGCCGUGACAACAUAGCCAUGCGAGGAACCAUUUUCUGA